AUGGCCCCAACAGCAACAACCCUACCCCAAGGCCUUGACAUUGCCCUCCUGCGCAGCUCCCAUGAGCUCUUCAGCACCGCUCCCUUUUCGGCCCUCGAUCCGACCUCGACAACCAGCUCGACAUCGACAACCCCAGUGCCACCUUCGAAACAUCUCCCUGGACAACCGUAUACGCUCCCACAGAUCCGCGCGAUCCAUGCUGCUCUUCAGACUCGCGCCGCAGACAUCCAGUCACGUCUGCGCACCCAGGUCGGCGCUUCAUACCGGGACUUGCUGGGCACUGCCGAUACAAUCGUCGCGAUGAGAACAGAGAUGGAUAAGGCAGUAGGGUUAUUGGGAGCUAUGGGGGCGAGAUGUGGCGCUGGCGUUGUAUCAGAAAAGGUCAAGGGCCUGAAGGAGUUUACGGCUGCACAUGCGGGGAAGAAUAUCUACGGCGGGAAGGACCUCGGGGUUGCCGCGAGGGAGAAGCUGUUAGCAGGGUGCCUGUUGGGAUUGAGAGAAAUCUUGGGCGGCGGUAGCUACAAGGCCGAUACAUCAAGGAAGAAAAAGAAGAGCGGUGAUGAGCUCCUUCGUGCGGCUAGGCUCUACGUGCUGGCCAAGCUGCUGGUGCAGAGCCUGUCUGGAACGGGAAGUACCGAUGCAGCCUCGGCUAGGAAGAGUCUGGAGAAUGUGCACAGCCCCCGAUUGCGCUCUCAUAUCGCGGCUGUUCUGCGCAGCGCAAGCGACGGUCCUAUGCGCUGCGGCGAUGUUCUUAAGGCGCUAGGUGCGCACAGCUUGGCUGAGACAGCUGGCGCCCGCGAUGUUCUGCGGUACUUUUUGCGAGUACGCAGCGAGGCCAUCGCCCUAGCCCUUGACGUCAACAAAGAUGAGGAUGACGGCAAUGAAACCAAACAGUCAGCAGACGUAACCCGCGCCCUUGGCUUGUACGCCAAAACAUUGCUGGACGUGCAGUCGCUCGUGCCGAAACAACUACCUGAUGCUCUGCAUGCGCUGAAACAGGACCGCUUAUUGGAAAAUUCCUUGCUCAAGGAUAUGGAGUGUCUAAGGCUGGACAUAUACAAACAGUGGUGCGGCGAUGAGAUCCAGUUCUAUAUACCUUUCAUCCGGCAUGAUGAUUUAGAACCGAGCCAGGCACGGGAAAUGCUUCUUAGCUGGGCCAGAUCCGGCAGCGAAGUGCUGCUAAAGGGUCUGAACAGGACUCUGGAGCGGAUGACCGAGCUCAAGGCAAUCGUCGAGUUGCGCACAAACGUUUUGAAGCUCUGGGUCGCUGAGGGCAGCAAAGUGCGUGGCAUCGACCAGUCUACGAUGCUAAAUGAGCUGCGCGAAGUGAUUAACAAUCACAUGCUCCGCGUCCUCGAAGCCAAAGUGUCCAAACUCCGUCUCGUUGGUUCUGAGGUUGCGGCUACGCUUUCAUCCUGGCGCGAGGGAGUCACUGACCAGCACACAAGCCUCUGGGACGACGUAACUGCCCUUGACACAGAUCUUACCACUCCCAACGGAGCGGUCGACUUCACCCAGGCCGUGAUCGGCCGCAUGCACGGUUGUAGUGAUGUCGUGUCUAAGGCCAUCGCUUGCUACCGCUCUUGGUUCCGGGUCAUCGAAGACGCUGGCCGGGUAGUCGACACGCUGCGCCGGCAGCGCUGGGAGAACGAUGUCGAUGACCUUGUUGAAGACGAAGAAACGAUCGAAGAGCGCCAGCAGUUAUUGACGCGCGAUGACCCAGCCGCGUUGAGCAACCAUCUUACUCACUUGCUAGCCAAGGCAUUCGGAAAGCUGAGCGAACAACUGUCAUCGUUGUGGGAUGCACAAAAAGAGGGUCCAAACAGCGGGGCUGUGGCGGCGUACUUGCUGCGGGUGCUGCGUGACAUUAGAGCAAGGUUGCCUGACCAUGAGCUUGAGAAGCUAGAACAGGUCAAGAACUUUGGUCUUGCCAUGGUCCCGUCACUGCAUGAGGCCCUUGCUAAGGCUGUUUCUGUCGGGCCGCUCGACGAACUCUCCACAGUGACUUUGACGAGGAGGACAGUUGCUGGCAGAGCAUUAUGGGAGGGAGAGCCAGAGUUGCCCUGUUCUCCUUCUCCAGGCGCUUUCAAGUUCCUAAGGAACUUAACCGUAGCCAUGAGAGAUGCUGGGGCAGAUCUUUGGAGCCUAGCUGCGGUUGCUGUGCUGAAGAAACAUCUGGUCCCAGAGAUCUCAAAAGCAUGGGUCGAAGCUCUUGAAGGGUUGAGCAGUAAUGAUAAUAAUGCACAGGUUGGGGAGUCGGGGGGCGAAAAAGGGUCUGCCGGGGAGAAAGAAAGCAACAACGUCACAAGCAUUGAAGUACAUCACGACCUGCUAGUACAGUGGCUGUUGGAUAUACACUAUCUGCGUUUGUUCCUUGGACCGAGCGAGGAGUUGUUCAAGGAGCUCGAAGAUGCAGUCUGGAAGAAGACAGCAUUGGACAAAACGGCCAUUGAAACAAGGCUGGCAAAGACAUCUCAGGAUUACCACAAGCGGACUACACUGCUGUUUGGCCUGCUUGCAUAA